AUGGACACGCCUGAAAUAAUCGAAAUCUUGGGGCAGUUCCUUCACGGUAGAGACCUUGUGACCUGCCUUCGGGUCUCCAAGACUUUCCAUCAUGUCUUGGUAAAGCGCGUGUGGGAAACCAUCGAUGUUUGGGAAGGACUAGCCGGCUUACCAACAGGCAAGGUGCUACAGGACCACAAAAAGUAUAUUAAAAGACUCAUAUUUGAAGGAUACCCUCCCCGCGAAUAUAUGUCAUUGCAGGGAUGUGAACUCCUUCACACUAUAAACAGUGCAGAAUUGCCAGCCAUGCGCAUCUCCUCGUUCCUGACAGAGAUGAGUGGCUUGAUCAAGGCCCACAGUUCGACAAUUCGGGACGUUAGAAUUGAGAGUAGCGCUAUUGCAAUGUCCGUGGAUCUUUCCACAUCUGAGGGAUUUAACUCUAAAUGUCUCAAUAAGCGAUAA